ACAUCACUUGGUAAUAAAACUGCAAGGAAUAUAUUUUCUAAAAAAUAACAUGCCACGUUUUUACGAAAAACACAUGAAACAUAAGAUCUUUAUCCGCGAGCCGAUUCGCGAUAAGCCUGCGACCGAGCUGCCAGGAAUCGGAGAAACAGUGGGCUACAAACUGGCCAAGGCGGGAUUUGAAAAGGCUAGCACCGUUCUGGGUCAGUUCCUCCUCUUAAAGAUGGACAAGGAUUUGUUCUGCGAAUGGAUGUUUAUAACCUGUGAGGCGAAUCGCAAACAAUGCGAAGACUGCUGGGAGUGUCUGCGUAAAUGGUGUAACACCUUUCUCUGGUUGUGGGCGAAGUUAUUUGGUCAGUACCGGGCGGACACGCCCUCGCCUCUGGGGGAGGGAGAUUUCUGCGGCAGUCAGGGCCUGCCAUGUGUGAGGGAUUACGGAUUAGAUGUGGCCCGGAAUGGAUCCGGAGCCGGGUGCAGUCGCAGCACGAGCUGGCGCUAG